AUUCCAAACUUUUUUUCCCGACGUCACUCAUAUAAACGUCCCUUUGACGCCUGCUGAGGAUGUUCAUGUAGUUGCUUCUCUCCCGUGUCUUUCGUACAGCACAGCAUAAAAAGGAGGUGAGGACAUGUAUAAGUCAGUCUUCUUCGUCCUGCUCGGCCUGAGUCUCCAGCUGGUGAAGGCAUUUCCUUCCCAGCAGCCAGACAACGGGAAAAACUGGGUUGUUAUCGUGGCAGGCUCAAAUGGCUGGUACAACUACAGACACCAGGCCGAUGUUUGCCAUGCCUACCAGAUUGUCCACAAGAAUGGCAUCCCAGAUGAGCAAAUUGUGGUUAUGAUGUAUGAUGACUUGGCACAGAAUGAGAAUAACCCCACCCCUGGGAUAUUGAUCAACCGGCCAAAUGGCACAGAUGUGUACAAGGGAGUUCCUAAAGACUACACUGGGGACGACGUGACCCCAGCAAACUUCCUGGCAGUGCUGAAGGGUGACUCCUCAAAAGUCAGAGGUGGCUCUGGAAAAGUACUGAAGAGCGGCCCCAAUGAUCACGUGUUUGUAUACUUCACUGAUCACGGAGCACCUGGUAUUCUGGCCUUUCCUAAUGAUGACCUCCAAGUUCAAGACCUCCAAGAAACCAUUACAUACAUGCACGAAAAUAAGAAAUACAAAAGGAUGGUGUUUUACAUUGAGGCAUGCGAGUCUGGGUCAAUGAUGAAAAAUCUGCCUGCUAACAUUAAUGUGUACGCCACCACAGCAGCCAACCCUCAUGAGUCCUCAUAUGCCUGCUACUACGAUGAGAAGAGGGACACAUAUCUGGGAGACUGGUACAGCGUUAACUGGAUGGAGGACUCUGAUGUGGAGGACCUGAACAAAGAAACUUUGCUGAAGCAGUUCAAGAUUGUAAAGACCCACACAAACACCAGUCAUGUCCAGCAGUACGGAAACAAGACUAUGGCCCACAUGAAGGUUAUAGCAUUUCAGGGUAACUCCAAGGCAAACAUCCAGCCCACACCAAUGACCCUGCAGCCAGUUAAAAAUCUGGAUCUGACCCCGAGCCCUGACGUUCCUCUGGCCAUCCUCAAGAGGAAGAUGAUGGCCUCCAAUGAUAUCCAUUAUGUAAGGGGGCUGCUGAUGGAGAUCAACACCCAUCUCAAGGUUAGGGAAACGAUGGCUGAGACAAUGCGCAAAGUGGUCGAGACAGUGACCAGCAAUAGGCUCGAGGCCGACGACAUUCUCAAAGACAGAGCUGAACUCUCCCAGCAUCAGUGCUACAAGGCUGCAGUCAACCACUACAAACACAACUGCUUCAACUGGCACAAAACUGAGUAUGAAUACGCUCUGAGGCAUCUGUACGCUCUGGUGAACCUGUGUGAGAGGGGAUACCCUGCAGAACGAAUCCAGCUUGCCAUGGACUCUGUGUGUCAUUUCAGCUACUAAAAGGGAUUCUGCAAAUCCAUGAAAGUCUCUCAUCAAACUGCUUCCAUGUGGGAAGGCCUGAGAAGACAAAGCUUCUCUUUGCACUGCUUAAGAAUCAAUCUGAGACGUGGAGUUGACGUUAUUGUUUUAUCAACACACUAAUGCUUUCUUUGUUUUUAAACUUGUGAUGGGUUUUUAUUGUUGAGAAUUUUUAAACUUGUUUUUGAUGAGUUGCACUAUCACUGUGAAAUGUUUGUGAAUGAUUUUUCUUUUUACUGCUUGAUUAUUUUAAGGCCCAUAUAUUACACAAUCACAAACCACGGAAUUCAUGUGAAUUUGUUUCGCUCUUAGCUUUAUCUGUGGUAUGAAAGGCCCUGGCAUGAAUGACUGUUUGAUUCACAUGUAAAGGACAUAUGUACCACUAAACACUGAACACUGAAUGUUUGUUGAACCUCAAGAGACUUUGCUGUAACAGAGGGAUCUUUUAAAUAAAUCUGUCAAACCAAAACUUAAA